UCACCUACUAUGUCAACUCUCGAACCAGCAACAACUAAUGACUUGAUUGCAGAUUUAUAUAGUAGCAAAGAACCUAACGAUGAAAUUCUUAAUGAAACUGAAGUUGACUGUUACCUUCAUGAACCUGUUAAGAAAAUGGGCUGUAAUCCACUAGCAUGGUGGAAAAAUAGAUCUGGAAUAUAUCCUGCAUUAUCAAAUCUAGCUCGAAAAUACUUGUCAGUGCCAGCAACAUCGGUCCCCUCAGAACGAUUAUUUUCAGACGCAGGAUUACACAUUAUAGCAUUACGUAACAGGCUUCAUCCAGAUAUGGUUAAGCAAACGAUGUUCUUUAAACGUAAUAUGCAGCAUUUUCCUAUUUUUAAACCGGAUGAAUUAUAA